GCCAUGUCGUCGUUUUGCCGCGUAUCUCUGCUGCUAGUGGUGUCAUUGCUAUAUUUGGACUCGUGUUAUACAGCCACUUUACCGAGAAACUAUGACCCCAGACUGACAGACGAAAUGGUGAUGGCCCCGAAAAAACGACCAUUUUGUAAUGCGUUUACAGGAUGUGGCCGAAAGCGUUCUCAAGUGCCCGGGAUGCCGGCUCAGGAAAUAAUGAGGCAACGACAGUUUGUGGAUGACGAUUCCCUCGGCUCGAUAUUGGACUCGGAUAACGCUAUAGAAGACUUAUCAAGGCAGAUUCUAUCGGAAGCUAAGCUAUGGGAAGCUAUACAAGAGGCCAGCGCUGAACUGGCCAGGCGGAAACAGAAGGAAUAUCAAUAA